CUUACAAAUGCAGCAAUGGCUCCAGCAAAAUUGAAAAGACACUUAACCAAAAAUCACAGCCAUAUGACAUGUAAAAGUGCUGAUUAUUUUAAACAAAUCUCAAAACAAACAGAUUAAAGCUUUUGAAAAUAAAGUCAGUCAGUAAAAAAGUAGGAGAAACAAGUUAUUUAGUACUUUUAAGACCAGUACACUUGAGAAUGUUUUAAAAACUGUGUGAAAACCUGGACAAAGAGCACACCAAUCUCCUGUAACACACAGAAAUCGGGUGGUUUAGCAGAGGAAGAGUUCUCAACAGGGUGUUUGAGCUGAAAGCUGAAUUGCAGGAGGAUUUUCAAGAAAAUAGUAGCCAGAUUUUGUUAAAUGCUUUGAAGAUGAAGAACGGCUGCAGAAACUAGCCUACCUAACAGACAUUUUUCAUCAUAUGAACCAGUUGAACAAGUCUCUGCAAGGUGCAGGAGAAAAUUUUUUGACUUGAAAUGACAAGAUCCUUGGAUUUAAAAGGAAACUGAAUCUUUGGAAAAAUUAAAAUGCUACAACUGCUGCUUGGGCUUGAGAGUGAGAAAGGAUCAGAAAGUCUUGAGUCUGAGUGAAAACCACCUGGAAGUACUGCAGAACAAAAUUGAACAGUAUUUUUCCUCAAAUUCGACACAAGUGUAUAACUGGGUGAAGGACCCUUUCUCCGAAUCUUCUGCUCAGCCUGAGAAUUUGACUUUGAGAGAAGAGGAAGAACUUUGUGAGCUGCACUUUGAUCAUGCACUCAAGAUGAGAUUUACUAAUCGGCUCCUGGACAAAUUCUGGAUUUCUGUGAAAGAUGCGUAUCCUGCCAUCCUUAGGAAAGCAGCGAACAUUUUCCUGCAGUUUUCAACUUCUUACGAUUUUCUGGCUGUCGUCUCUCAUCACCCGUCCAACAUGGCAGAGCUGUCAGUCGGAAUCAAUGGAUUUGGACGUAUCGGACGCCUCGUUCUCCGUGCCUGUCUGGAGAAGGGAAUCAAAGUGGUGGCGGUGAACGACCCGUUUAUCGACCUCAACUACAUGGCUUACAUGUUCAAGUACGACUCCACUCAUGGCCGUUACCGUGGCGAUGUGCAGGUCGAGGACGGCAAGCUGGUGGUGGACGGGAACCCCAUCUGCGUCUUCCAGUGCAUGAAGCCAGCAGAGAUCCCGUGGGCCGAAUCCGGGGCACUGUACAUCGUUGAGUCCACUGGUGUCUUCCUCAGCGUGGAGAAGGCUUCACUGCAUCUGCAGGGCGGAGGUAAGCGUGUGGUGGUGACGGCUCCUUCCCCAGACGCCCCCAUGUUCGUCAUGGGGGUCAACGAGGAGAAAUAUGACCCAAGCACCAUGAGUGUGGUCAGCAACGCCUCCUGUACCACCAACUGCCUGGCUCCCCUAGCAAAGGUGAUCGAGGAUAACUUCGGAAUUGUGGAAGGUCUGAUGACCACUGUGCACGCCUACACCGCCACACAGAAGACAGUGGACGGGCCCUCCGCCAAGGCAUGGCGUGAUGGCCGAGGUGCCCACCAGAACAUCAUCCCGGCCUCGACGGGCGCUGCAAAGGCGGUGGGCAAGGUCAUCCCCCAGCUCAAUGGGAAGUUGACCGGAAUGGCGUUCCGCGUUCCCGUGGCGGAUGUCUCCGUCGUGGAUCUCACCUGCCGCCUGGCCAAGCCUGCCUCCUACGCGGAGAUCAAGGAGGCGGUGAAGACAGCGUCCGAGGGCUCACUGAAGGGCAUCCUGGGGUACACAGACCACCAGGUGGUGUCCAGCGACUUCGUGGGAGACCCCCACUCCUCCAUCUUCGACGCUGGCGCUGGAAUCUCACUCAACGACAACUUUGUGAAGCUCAUCUCCUGGUACGACAACGAGUUUGCCUACAGCAACCGGGUGGCUGACCUCCUGACCUACAUGUUCAGCAAGGAGGAUUGAGCAGCCUCCGACCCCUCGAGAAGAGGAGAGGCGGGGGGAGUGGGGACGGGACGGGAACCUGCCACUCUCCGCUCUCCAAAGCGCCGAAUUGGCCGUAGAUUAGACCGUGAGCACGGGUCUCCCCGUUACACAACUGGACGCUCCUUCCCCUCUCCUCAACAACCUCGCACACAGCCGCGCUACCCCUCGUCUUGUCUCGUCCUGUGUCGCCGCCCACCCGUCGUGUUCAGAAUGAUGUGUCCGGUGCCGAGAGACUCCGAUCAGCAGCAGCCGGUUCCUCCGGGAAGGAGUCGCGAUUCCCGCAGUAGUGUCGGUGUUCAAUAAAGCAGUCACCAGCUC